AGAAACGCCACUUGGUGAGACCUGGGGAAAGCACGCAACUAGACCAUGCUCGCAUGCAUAUCAUUUAUAGUCGUACCACUGUAUCGUGCUCAGCUAGACGCUCACACCGCUAUCCAUUACACAAUUACAGUUUGGUCAAGUAGUCCUCAACCUUUUGGAGCUCAACUUAUGGAAGCGUGGGCCCUUUGCGCCCUCUGCACUCUCGUAUCUAAAGAAAGCGGUUAUGAAAUACCAUUGAAGAAGGCUGAGCGCUUACCAAUACCAACGGUGUCACCAUUCAGCUCACCCUCUAUAGCCCCCUUGAGUGUAAAGAGGACUGUGAAUCGCAUCCUCCGGCUCCAAGCCUUCCACGUGUACCGGGAACAUCUUCGCGCUGAUCGCGCUCUUGCCAAUGGCGGCGGCCUUCUACGGGAAGUAGCUGUCGCAGGGGUCGACUUUAUACGGACUAGGACUGCCCUUCAGGAUACCUCCAGUAUUGCCAGCCGCCAGCACCUUCUCCGUACCAGUGUUACCUGCACCCUUCGCCUUAUGCUCCAGUUCAUUGUCCCGCCAGCAAACAGCAAGAAGGCGCCAUACGGAUGGACACUAUCCGACUAGGCAGUAUCUUAUGUGAUUCUCGCGACAUCUUGGAAUAAUAUUCUCGUAGUCGGGUGUUCGUUGUAGACGUGCUUGUAGGUGGUAUGUGAGACCUUACGCGCCUCGCGGUCAGCCAUCCAGGCCCGGUGAAGUGUGGCGCCAAAUGUGGAAUUGUUUACAUCCGAGAGGAGGCGAUGCCGUUGGAGGAGCGGUGGGAGUGAUCUGAGAAG